CGCGAGUAUCUUUGGAUCAAUCUUUCGGCCUUUGCUGCAUCCAUCGCUUCCGGCACUGAACGCGCAUCGGGGAAGGCUCGCAGUGGAGCCCACGAACCACAAUGUCAAGCUUUCGGAAAAGGAGAAAAACAGGAUGCUUGACAUGUCGCCAGAGACGUGUCAAAUGUGACGAGCGUAAGCCGACAUGUGAGCGAUGUGAGGCUUCGAAUAUCCACUGCGCGGGAUACGAGCGGAUGCGAUAUAUCGAUGUCCGGCAUCGACAACGGGGGGAAUCCCCUCUGACACCCUCGGACAGCGUGGCCCCGGCGGUGGUGCGGUCUGGAGUUUUACUGGCGCCUCACUUUGAAUGCGAAGGGCGGCCUCUGGUAGCGCUGCCGAACAACCCUACACCAGCACAGCGGCCGCACGCGAGGGCGCGCGACGUAUUGGCGUACCAUCAAUAUCUCUUCCGGACGGUCCACGUCUUGUUCCCAGCAUGCUAUCUCCGCUUCUGGCGCGACACCCUUUGCCAGGAAGCCUGGGAGUCGGAGUACAUCUACGACACGAUCACGGCACUCGGGUCAUUGCAUCGAGCGUCCUUACUUCUGGCUGGCUCGGAAGAGAACGCGAAGACCAGGGGCGCGGACACAAAGGUGACAGCAUUGCAGACGUACACCAUGGCUAUCCAGGGCCUAUCGAGACAACUGAAGUCCGAGCCACCGUCCUCAGAUCUCGUCAUUGCAGUCCUACUGUUGCUGGCUUAUUUCGAGUGCUUCAAUGGCAAUAUCCCAGCUGCCGUUCGUCAUUAUCAUCUCGCAAAGUACUUCUUCCUCCUCUGGUCGGAUCUCGAAAAAGAGGAAUCAGACUCCCUGCUACCGAUCGGAUCGGCGCUGCGGCACCUGAGCUUCGUCUGUCGGGUCGUACUUCCUCUUCCGAUCACCUUGUUCGGGGCGGAGAAUUCUUGCAGACUUCACCCGGACGAGAGACGACGCACCCGGGCUCUAGGAAAGGACAAGGAUGGAUCUCUCAUGGCCGAGUACAUGCAUCAGCUCCUUGACGUCUUCUCGGCCGAAGAGUACGUCGCAGAUCUGGUGUGGAGUCCGUUCGUGAAGGAUCUCGGGUCGAUCCCCAUGGAAAGGAUCAAAACGUUCCUCGAGGAAGUCGAAGACUGGAAGGACAGGUACAACGACUCGUCGCUAAAUUCGGUGGCUCAAAAAUAUCCCUCAGGCUUGAGUCGGCGGGAUGUUGACGGACUCCUCGUCAUGCCGCAGCAACGGAAACAACAACACACAUAUCAAUCAGCCUUGACUGCAGCGCUGUAUCACUUUUGCAUGGCGAGACUGAUGUGGGCUCUGGCUCGUAUAAGUGGGAACGAUGAAGCCUAUGAGCUUGCCACGUACUUUCAUGUCAGUGAAGUCUUGCACCUGUCGGAUUACGCGGAGAAAGGGGCUAUCGGCCGAGGUCGCGACCAGGACCAUUGGGUCUUCGGCGAAGCUGUUGACAUUGGGUUCUCUGCUAUGCUAUUUCUCUGCGGACUAUGCUGCCCUUGCAAUCUGUGGAGGGACUUCAUCACUGAACGUCUUCGACUGAUCGGUCGCGAGGGAUUGUUCAAUGGUCCCGCAUUUGCAACGGCGCUGACGGUGCUCCGAGGAUUUGAGCCGGUCUCGAAUAAUACUGCAGCUCUACAUUCGAGUAUGCUGGACCGGCUUGGUCCGCCACGAUCGCGCGCUGUUCCAUUGCUGUUCACCGAGAAGGAUGGACGCAACUACAGACUGUAUGUCCUUGGACCGUCGCCCGAUCGGGUUGACCCUGUCUUGGGAGAUUUCGAAGUGGUCUGUCAGGCUCAUUGGACCACGGAUGAGGACGGUGCGAUGAAGGAGCCGCUUGUUGAAGCGUUUGGCGGUGAUAUUGCUUCGCCGGGUAGCGCAGGACGGCCUACUUCGGAUUGGCUUUUGAGACAGCCGGUCAUUGGAGACUGGAUGGACACUUUCAGAAGUUCGGAGUUUGACGUCGAACUGGCCAUCCGUGAUCACGUCAACGGCGUACGGCUGUAGUUGGUGACAACUGCCGGAUAUCACGGAGGAUGCUGUGUUCACAAUUCCCUGUCUGUAUGAUUCUUUGGGCUCGGCUUGGCGAUAUCCUUCUCAGACACUCAGCUACCUAGAUGUAGUCGGCAAAAAGAUCGCAUACAGGUAUCGAGUCGAGGCAGAACAGGAUUCAGAAACCAAAAAUGGCAAAAACUCUUCCCACCAGGGUCUAGGGAACGGGUUCUCUAGACCGUGGAGGGGAGCCAAAACUCCCUGGUCGACGAUAGGUGGUUUUUUCGAUUCGGUUGGUGUGGUUGUUGAGUGUUGUUCGGCCGACCUAGUAAGUGCUCCGAUGGUUAGUUCUACGUUACGACUCGUGCCCCUUGGUAUCAUCGCCCCUCGGAGCAACAAGGUUCAACACAGGGGGACACGAGAAGGUAUGAGCAUUAGUUUAACGACAUUACGGUCGGAAUGGUGUCCGAACCGGGGUUCGAACCACACUCGUUACCGGCACGCCAGCUGAGCGAUCUCAGUUUGUCCUUGACAGUAAGGAAUGUUGACCACAAAUCGACCUCUCAAAUAUAUAACAGGACAAAAUGGAAGAAAUGGUACAGUCUGAUUGGCUGGCAGGGCGGGCGAGUGAGUGAAGACCGUUCAUUGUGGAUGUGGUGCAGUACGUGUGAAAAUGUAGGCGGUGUGUCUUGUGACUGAUAUUUCGAGGCUGGCUAUGAACAAGGCAGGAAAAAAGACCGCAACAGGUUUUAAGCCCGAACGGCGACCACAAACAACCUGGGAUAUUUCAGACACACCUUGCCAUCAAGCAAUGGAGGAUAUAAUUCUUCAAUCUUCUUCAGAUAUG